AUGGCAGCACUACCCUCACAGCCGCAUUAUAUCUGCCAGAGAUACCCCCGCUUCCACCCCGAACCCCCCGCACCUUCAAUCCACCGACCCCCAAUCCUAGACCCCGAAGCCGUGAAUUGGUACUGGGACACGCUCGCCCCCACCAUCGCCGAACGAGCGCAAGCGCAUUCGUUUUUCACGAAGGCCCAACGAACGUUCCUCCGUAGUAUCACGAGAUUCCGAGAAUGGCCCCAGAGCGAUGUCCCCGAGGUUGCAUUUGUAGGGCGGAGUAAUGUAGGGAAGAGUUCGCUGCUUAAUGCUAUUGUGGGCGCGGAUCUCAAGGCUCAUGGGCAGAGAGAAAAGGCCGGGGGAGGGAAGGCCGGGGAGCUUGCGAGGACGUCGAAACAUCCUGGUCAUACCAAGACGAUGAAUCUGUAUGGCAUUGGGACUGUUGCUGGUGGUGGUGUACGCAUCCGCCCAUCACGCGGCGGGAAUGAGCAUGAGAAAAUUGUUGGGAGACAGGGCCUUGUUAUCGUGGAUUUACCGGGUUAUGGUGAGGGAAGUCAGACCGAAUGGGGUAUCGAAAUCGUAAAGUAUCUCACGCAACGGAAGCAGUUACGGCGGACGUUCAUCCUCGUCGACGCCUACGCCGGUCUGAAAGACAAAGACCGCUCGCUGAUGGCUAGUUUGCGAUUAGCGGGUGUUCCGUACCAAAUCAUCCUUUCUAAAAUCGACAGGAUUUAUCUCCCAGCUUCGGGGGUGCUGUCUCGUGUGGACGGACGCAAGGGUGCGCGGCCAAUAGGCUCGCUGCCGGAACUCCAGCUUAAGUUGCAUGAGAUUCGUGCGGACAUCCAGCCGCGGAUGGGAGGCGGCGCGUUAGGUGAACUGUUGGCGUGUAGUUCAGAGGUUAGGGUUAACGGACGUAGAUUUGGGAUCGAUGCGGUGAGGUUUGCAAUUUUGCAGGCUGUAGGAUGGGAGUUCGAGAGAGGGGCUGGGAAGCGGAUUUAUCGGGUUCCGACGGAGAAACGGCCUGUAAACCAUAAGAAGAUGGAUGCGUAGAGAUGGCUGUGCUGAAAUAGAU